UACAUUUUUGCCAGCAUCUACUAUCAUUUGUCUUCUAUAUGACCACAAAAAAUGAACUCACCGAUGAACACCUCCGCUAUCAGGGUUAGGGUUUCAGCUCCGACCCGUUUCAAUUUUGACAAUGUACAAAUUACUUCGUGCCAUUUAAUCUUUAAAAAUAUGAUUUAACUGAAAUUAAGUUUAUUUAUCUGCUUAAUUCUACUAAGCUAAGCUGAUUUUGGAUCCACGAGUCCUCUAUUUUUUCUUGAUAAUCGGGGUGUCCGGGCCGCUUACAGGGUUGAAAUUAGGAAAGAAGCAAAUAGCAUUAGGUGAAAGAUGGCUGCAUUGGAGGGUGUGAAGGAGGGAGGAAGUAAUAUUGAAGAACAAGAGAAGUUGAUAUUUGGGAGGUAUUCUGACGCAGAAAUGUUAGCUAAGCUGAAAAUACUUGCUCUUGAUCCUUGUGAUCCCAACGUAUCACGUCAAAAAAUUCGGCCAUUCUGGAAUCAGAUGCUAAAAGUGCGAGAUGCGAUGGCUCUUUCUGAUAAUGACAUUUCCUGGAGGAAAAGAAAACUUCAACAAUUUGUCAAAGAUCAGUUAAGAUCUCCUGGACUUCACACGGAGAAAUCUAAUCAGAAAAGUGCAUCAAAACUAAGUAGAAGGCAUUUUUCUCAUGCCUCCAGUAUUUCAUGCCUGCUUGAUUCAGUGAACUCCGGAAAAAGUUCUGACCAAAAGGUUUUCUUGAGUUCACACAGUGCAUGUAGUUCAGUGACAUGUGCGGACAAUAUUCAAGAGCAGUUUUCUUCAGAAUUCUCCCUCCAUAAUGAUGCAACAGAUUUUGGUCCUAAAGGUUUCUCUUCCUUAGUUGAUUCUGAUGAGUCAGCAAAUGGUUCAGACAUGUUGAGUCGUUAUAACCGAGCUCCGUCUAUCACCUCCUUAACAACCUUGGAUGAUGCGGUUCAUGAUUCAAGCUUGUUCUCUGCGAAACGAUCAAGAAGCAGAUCUCUACAACCGCCUCGACAGUCCCCCAGGUUGCUGAACUUCAUCGGCGACCACCUUCAGAGAUUUGUUAUUCCCGUAGGUCCUCGUUUCCAAGCUGAUGUUCCGGACUGGGCUGUCCCAGCAGACAAGGGUAAUACUAAUUAUGAGGCCAGUAACUCUGAAUAUUCAAGAUGGUUAGGAACCCGAGUUUGGCCUAUUGAGACCGGAAAUAUGGAAGUGUCUUCUGGAGCAGUUGGAAAAGGCAGACCUCACUCUUGCUCUUGUCGGUCUCCAGGAACCGCUGUCUGUGUCAAACGCCACGUUUCUGAUGAAAGGCUAAUUCUUCAGCGUGAACUUGGUUAUGCUUUCUUCAGUUGGAAAUUUGAUGAAAUGGGGGAGCAAGCUUCUAAGGGAUGGUCAUUGAAGGAAGAAGCAACCUUUGAGUCACUGGUCAAAAGGAAACCACAACUAAAUGGAAAGAACUUUCUGAAGCAUGCAUUAAAGUCAUUACCGCAAAAGACCAGGAGAACCAUUAUCAACUACUACUUCAAUGUUUUCAUCCCCCGACAACUGAACUUACAGAAUAGAUCAUCCACCAACCUAGUCAAAAUUAGUGAUGAUAUUGCUGAUGACAUUAAUGACAAAUACUUGCACAAACCAAGUGAAGCCCAGAGAUCUGAAGGUUUGAAAAGUCAACACCUACGUCGGCUAAUUUAGCCCCUUGUAUCCAUUACAGGUUUGGAUUACUGAAGAAUUUGCUUCAUAGCCUGAUGAAUUACAGCAUUUGUGCUCCCUCCUCCAGGAAUUUUGAUGGGACUGGUCCUUUCAGUACAAGUAUGAAACUUUAAUUAUGUUGAUAUUAGUCAUUAAAGGUCAUUUCUUCACUCUUUUUGGUCUUUGGGGUUAGUUCUCAAUGGAAUGUCUGAAGAGUACCAUUCAUAUGACUAGACUAUCAUCAAGUGUUUUGUGAUUAUUGUUAUCAAUUUCUGCAACUUAUGUGAUCUACUCCAGCAGUAACAUUGAAUAGAAAUUUUAUUGGACUUUUAUUAAAGAAUUGGAUUUGCUA